UCGGCGAGCUCGGCCUCCCGCUCCUCCCUCAGCAGCUCCAGCUGCCGUUCAGCCGCCUCCGCCGCCAUCUUGGCCCCACGGGCAUUUCCGCUUCCGGGUCGGAGGGGGGAUGCUGUCAUGGCGGCGCUGGCAGCAGUCAAGCGGCGAGCGGCGGGUGAGGGACGGCCGGGUGGGAACGGCCAACCUUCGUCUCCGGCUUCUUGCUGCUCGCAGGGCGGGCUGUGAGAAACGCGAGGGGAAACCUUUCUUGUUUUCAUCUGUGGUUCGCCUCCAGAGCUCCCAGAGCACACCUCUACAGGAAGGGAUUGUUGCCAAAACAUCUCUGACUUCACCCCCAUGGCCUGAAGUGAAAUUGCCAAAUCCAGUGGAAGAAGCGAAGCACCAUGCAGAAGUGGUGCAAAAGGUGAAUGAGCUGAUUGCAACAGGGCAGUACGGGAGGCUCUUUGCUGUGGUUCACUUUGCCAGCAAACAGUACAAAAUAACCAGUGAAGACUUAAUUAUGAUGGACAAUGUGCUACAGGCUGAAUGUGGAGACCGAAUCCGGAUGGAAAAGGUUUUGCUGGUUGGUGCUGAUGAUUUCACGCUUAUUGGAAGACCACUCCUGGGGAGGGAUCUUGUCCGUGUGGAGGCUACUGUGAUUGAAAAGACGGUGUCGUGGCAAAAAAUCAACAUGCGCUUUCGGAAGAAGCGCAAUUACCAAAGGAAAAAAAUUAUCACGAAUCCACAGACUGUCCUCCGGAUAAACACCAUAGAAAUUUUCCCCUGUUUGUCGUGAUUGAUGGGAUGUCGUGCAGCUUAGGCUUAUUAUUGCUUUAAGCAAUUACAGAAAUAAAACUGCCUAGGCGUCAUAAAGUUCUGGACUUCUUGCUAUUGUCUGAAGUGGAAAUCUAUAUGUAAUUUAUUUUUAAAAACCAAAUGAAUUUUUUUUCGUUAACUGUUAUUUCAAAUUGUUAUUUCAGCAUUGAUGGUGUUUACUUGUUCAGUGCCCUAAACAACCCCAGCUGUGUUGCUAGCUGACAAGCUGUUUCAUGCCAACAACAUUUACCUUUGGCUGCACACUUCUCUGAGUGCUUUUGUUUAUCUGUGUCUCAGCUGAUUUAAAAAUAACUGGGACUUCACUGGUUGUAGAAGAGGGCCAUCAACUCCCAGUCCCACAGAUGGGUCUCUCAGCCUGGAGGGCAGGACAUAAGUGUACAAUUGGUCAAUUUAAAGAGCCCACCACUUGCCUUAGUUACUCAUGUCCUUGCAAGUUUCCCUACCCUGGAACUGUGGGUGCACUUAAGGCUAGCAGAGAGGCAUGCAUGUUUUGGUGAGUUUGUUUCUCCUUUGGAAACACUCGGUGCUCUUCAGAGAUUGCAGAUAGGCAAGAUAUUUUUAAGAGUGUUAAGUGCUAUUUAUUUAUUUGUUUAUUUUUGUUCCUCUCCUUACCAAGCUCUUGUUGAUCUGUUAAUACAAUCUUGGCACUGUGUGGCUUCUGGGAAUAUUCUGUGGUGCUUUGUGACCCACAGCAAACAUGGUGCUGAAGAGUGUGGGGUAAGAGAAUACUGCAGGAUCCCAAAUCUACUCCUAGAUUGUAUUAAGAUGUGAAAAUCCUUCUUAAACAUUAACAACAGAAGAUGCAGCUGGGAAAUUUUCUUCUUAAAGGUGAGCCAAACUAUUGCAUAGCAGUAAAUUCUGUGUGUAUCUUAUCAUUGAAAUAACAGAUACCAGUGGCUUAGUGAUUUCAUACCUAUUCCAUAAGCAAUUUUUUUGAUCUCUGGUCUUGGUAUUUUUCUCUUUUCACAUUCUGCAAAUCAGGCAGAUCACUGAGCAGCAUGUGCAAGGCCAUAUUCAGCAAAGGUGCAUUCAGCAAAGGAUUGCAUUUGUUUCUGGACAGUGAUGACAACUAGGAAGAGUUUCCUGCAGCUUUCAGUAGGCUCUUGGCGUAGCUGUCAGAUUCCCUACAGCUACCUUGAGAAAUGACAAGUGAGCUCUGUUCACCUUGCACUUUUGUAGGGAAUUCCUUGCUUCUAACAAGUCUUAUGUGCCUUUGCUGCAAUUCCUUCCUUAAACUAAUGUUGCCCCUACUCUGAAUGGAGGAAAUGCUGGUUAUGAACAUAAGUAUAUCUGGGUCUUGUCCUGUCUUAUAAGUCACUGUAAGCAUGCAGGAAAUAACUUGAUGUGCUUUAAGCAUCAAGCUUUGUAGUACAGGCUGCUUUCAUCUUGCCUUACUUCAGCUUGAGGGUGUGCUUGGGUUAAGCCAGUUCUCUAGUCACCAAAGAGAGGGGGUCAUCUCUAGAGGCUGACUUGUCUCUCCUUGCUUUGGAUAGUUUGGCAUGGACAGCCCCUGGGAGAAGCUGUUCCUUCUCUGACUGUGCAGGGGGUUGGGUGCGUAGAUUUUAUGCUACUAGAAGAAUACAGAGGCAGGGAUCUUUCUGCAGAAGAGGUUCAAUUUGGCUGUUGGAACAGUCACCUCAAGACAGUGUGCACAGCCCCAGGCUGCUGUAAUUCAAGGAGCAUCUCAGUCAUACAGUCUGAUUUUUGGGUGGUCCUGUGCGGAGCUAGGAGUUGGACUCAAUGUUCCUUAUGUGUUCCUUUCAACUCACGGUAUUCCAUGAUUCUGUUCUACGGUCAUUUCUUUGGUCAUUUCAUCUUGCUUCUUCUUUUUCAAGCUCCUACAGACGGAAGUAUGUAUGGGGGGAUUUCUUUGAAAACCGUCUUCUCCUGGCACUGCUACCUCUUCUGCUUCUCCCAAAGGCGGCUUUAGUUCCUUGCUGGGGCCACAGAUCCCUGCAGUAGCAAUUAAUUGCAAUAUGUGGUGCCAGCGUGCUGGCAUGAAGAGUGUACUACCACAGACUAUGCAGGGACUGCAUUCCAGUUACAGGCUGUUCAGAGUCCGCAGCGGAAGCAGCGUUGCCAGCUGAAGCAAUUUGACUGGGAACGUCACAAUUCCCAUGUGUUUCUCAAGGUCUGUGAGUGCUGGGGCUAAGAAACAGCAUGGCUUCCAGGGGAAAUUUCUAGCUUUCCUGGUUGCAGAGAAACACUUGUAAAGCAUGAGAGAUUUCAUGGCUCAGAAGCUGGAAGAAGGAGCUGAGGGUUUAUUCAAAAGAAAAAUAUUUUCAAUCCAUGUGUCCCCUCCAAAAAAAAAAAAAAAAGAAAAAAAAAAAGAAAAAAAAAAAACCAAAACCCUUGGGAAAA